CUUAUAUUUCCCGAAUCACCGGCCUUUGCUAUAUCUUCAUCUAGAGAAGAACAAAAACAAGCCCUAGAAAAGCUUGCCGGAGCGUUGAGAACCGGGAUCGGAUUCCGAAGCUAAUAUCGGUUGUUAAUCCAAUGGCGUCUACUUUUAGCGGCGAUGAAACUGCUCCGUUCUUCGGCUUCCUUGGGGCCGCUGCAGCUCUUGUUUUCUCCUGCAUGGGUGCUGCUUAUGGGACUGCAAAGAGUGGAGUUGGAGUGGCCUCCAUGGGAGUUAUGAGGCCCGAGCUCGUCAUGAAAUCUAUUGUUCCUGUUGUCAUGGCAGGAGUGUUGGGUAUUUAUGGGUUGAUCAUCGCUGUUAUUAUUAGUACUGGAAUAAACCCAAAAGCAAAGUCAUACUAUUUGUUUGAUGGGUAUGCUCAUCUUUCUUCUGGACUUGCUUGUGGUCUUGCUGGUCUCUCUGCAGGAAUGGCAAUUGGGAUUGUUGGCGAUGCCGGUGUUCGGGCCAAUGCACAACAACCUAAGCUCUUUGUUGGAAUGAUUCUCAUCCUCAUCUUUGCUGAAGCUCUUGCCCUCUACGGUCUUAUUGUUGGUAUCAUUCUCUCUUCUCGGGCGGGUCAAUCUCGUGCGGAUUGAACGACGAACGACGCCAAGUUCAUCCUUCAUCUUUGAAUUUGUUAUCCAAAUGUUUUUAAGGAGAUUUUGUUACUAUGUUGCUUCUGUUCAUGUCAAACCUGAACCUAUGUAUUUUAUUGAGUGAUGGUAAUGAGCAGGUUUUAUGACAAACCUCCAUGCUCAUCUCCUCAUUUGUGUGAUAUUCUUUCUAGUUUUAGUCAGUACACUUGAGCUGUGGACUGAUUCUAUGUGGUCGUUACCUUACGAUUCAGAUUUCGUUGGGAAUAAAAAUUCAUUACAAUGUUGGAUGAAAAGCCAA